UAGAAUAAUUGUUUUCGAACAUAUUAUCGCCAUAAUUAUUGCUCACCUGCACCGAUACCAACUUUUACCACUAUUUAUUGCUUUUAGGGUUUAGGGUUUAGGGUUUAGGGUUUAUAUUUCAUCUAAUACUUUAUAUUUAGAUGACUCACUUUAGCGUUUACAUGUACACAAUUUCUCUCUCUGCAAAUUUUUUUCCACCUAAGAGCGAGAAAUCAAAAUCUGUGAAAGACAAAAACUAGAGAAGAUUUCAAUAGUUCAACAACUUGCAAGUUGCCUGCACCUUUGUUCACAAUUUAAUAUUUUAAUAUAUGAUGAUAUCUAGCAUGUGUUGUGGUCAUAACAACAGAGAGGAAGAGAAUUUAAUUGAAGGUUGAGGAUGAAGAAGUGCGAGCUUUGCAACAAGCCCGCAAAAUUGUUCUGUGAAUCAGAUCAAGCGAGCCUCUGUUGGGAAUGCGAUGCUAAGGUUCACAGUGCAAACUUCCUCGUAACCAAGCAUCCUAGGAUUCUCCUCUGCCAUGUUUGUCAAUCACUAACAGCUUGGCACGGAACUGGACCCAAGUUUGUACCCACCAUCUCCGUUUGCAACACUUGUACCUGCAGCCAACAGAAUCACGAUCAUGAUGAUGGCACAGAGGAGGAUCACGUGGAAAACCAUGAUGGUGGUGUGACUCAAGAUGAUGAAGAAAAUCAAGUGGUUCCGGGGACAUCUACACCACCACCCCCUGCUUCCACUUCUUCAAGUGUUGCAACUAGUUCUACCAGGUUCUCUAAUGUUGAAGAAGCUGCCUCAGAUUAAUGUUUCUACUAUCCCGUGUUUUUUCCCCCUUUUCUUUCUUUCUAAUUUUGAUGAUUUUUGGCUUGUCACAUCUGUUCAUAAAACUAAGAUCAUACACCUCCAACUCCAAGGUCUUUGAUAUUAUUUCUUUUUAUUUCCUUAACGUUUUCACAGGUAACAAAGUCAAUUGCUAGUUUUUGUGCUGUAGUAAUCAUCUACGAAUUCGCUCUCUCAUGCAGCUACUGUAUCUGGUCAUGGAUAUGUUUGUUGUUGGCAACUACACCAGAAUAUGCAUCCUAGUUGAAUUUGAAUACACAAGAAAAUCAAGAUGAUCAGGGUUAGAUGCUCGUGUAGAAUUUAACAAGUAGAGUGCUAAUUGCAUGGGCUAAAAUCGGGGAAUGCUAAUCUCUUUAGUUGCUAAUAAACCUGGAGUUUCGUGCUUAUUAUUACCAAUUAAAUCCAUCCAUUCAGGUGCCACAGGUUUUUGUGUUAACAUUUUAUUCCUUCUCUGUUUUUGAUUGAUUUGUGAGAUUUGAGUUCUCUCGCAACAUGUUAGUGUUUUCUAAAUACCAACAGACACUACUGUUGAUUUUGAUUUACUUGUUUUGAAAAUAAUGACGGGUCACAAUGAUAGGGCAUUCAACUUGCUGUUCUAAUCCAA